AUGCCUCCUCUAUCACGCUCCAAUUCAUGCGUUGAUAUAGACUAUACCCUCAGACGCCAAUUCAACAAGUCGACGUUCAGGCCCCAUCAGCGUGAAAUCAUUGCUACUGCCCUCGACGGCCACGAUGUAUUCGUCCAGGCCGCAACGUCCUUUGGCAAGAGUCUUUGCUUCCAGCUUCCAGCCUGCAUUGACCAUGGGAUCACUAUCGUCGUUUCACCACUGCUCAGUCUCAUGAUGAAUCAGGUUGAAGCGCUUCGAUCGGCAGGAAUCUAUGCUAGCUCCUUGAACAGCAAUACGCCAAUCGCCGAGAGGGACCGCAUCAACCAAGACCUUGCUAGUGGCCACCCGCGCAUAAGGCUGCUCUACGUGACACCGGAGCUGUGUUCGAGCGACUCCUUCCGAAGACGCAUCAAGCUGGUCCACGAGCAGUGUGAGUUGGCACGCAUCGCAGUUGACGAGGCCCAUUGCAUCUCGGAAUGGGGCCACGAUUUCCGCAAGGACUUUAAGCGGUUAUCAUGGUUUCGAGAGACGUUCCCGAGCGUGCCAAUCAUGUGCCUGACGGCCACCGCAAAUCCCACCGUUCGCCAAGACUUGCUGAAGACCCUGGGCCUUUUGGAGCAGCCCGAUAGGCUCAAGAGUUUUGUCAUGACUGCUUAUCGACCCAACCUCCACAUUGAAAUCAGAUACACAAAAGACCAAGACGACGACCGCCUGGCUGACUUUCUAGCAUGGAUACGUAGCGUGUACGAGAGGAGGAAAGCAGGUCCGCGCAAAGCUGAGCUGGAAGCCGUCGGGGAGCGGCUCGACAACGUGUCUGGUAUCAUAUACACUAUAUCGCGGGAUGAAUGCGAGUCUCUGGCAGCGGCACUUAGAGACGAAGGUGUGGGUGCUAGGCCGUUCCACGCGAAGCUUACCAAAGAGGUCAAAGAGCAGACCUUGACGCGGUGGGUGAACAAUGAGCCCGGCUACGAUGUCAUAGUGGCCACCACGGCCUUUGGCAUGGGCAUCGACAAGAACAAUGUUCGUUUUGUUGUCCACUGGCGGUUGCCCAAGUCGUUUGAGGGGUACUACCAAGAAGCGGGUCGCGCAGGCCGAGACGGCAACGCGAGUUUUUGCUUUCUGUACUACAGUCGAGAAGACCUACAACGCGUACAGAGCAUGAUCAGGAAGGGGAACCGCGAUGGGUCAAACUGGGAGGCGCAGGCAAAAAGCCUGCAACAGCUUGCGCUAUACUGCGAAAACACGACUGCCUGCCGCCAUGCGCAGAUUUGCAGGUAUUUUGGCGAGAGCGAGGUGCCGCAAUGCGACUUUGCCUGCGACUGGCACAAGGACGCUCAAGGACUUCAGAGGCGGAUGAUGCGAGGUCUGGCAGACGAGGAAUGGGUUAGCACGCAGGCCGAGUACGGUCGGUACGAAGUUUAUUACGAUGAUUGA